CGUUCUAUCUUUUAUCUUUACUCACGCAGUCCAGGUGCUUGUGAAGCACUGACUCCAUCUCGGCCUCAAAACUUGACGAGAACAAGGUCGUCUUGCCGUCGCCUGGCAUCAACACGUUUGUGACGUCAAACUUGGCGACGCCUGUCAAGACGACCUCGAGAUUAAUUAACUCUGCAACACCGUUGACUCAGGGACGAAAGCAUAAGAGUUUUUGCCAACUUCAAGCCAUCCUUUACCGCAUCUCGACUUCGGACUCGGACCGUACCCCAGCCUCGCAAGAACCGUCAACAAGAUAGCGUUCUCUGAAGGGAGAUAGGUGUGUGCGCUUCCCAGCUGCGGUGUCGGUUCAGGGAUCUAGCACAUCAACACAGGAAUAGCCUGACUCUUGUUUCAGUGCAUGGUUGUUGAUGUUUGAAAUCUUACAGGUGCUUCACGUCUCCCAAGCCCCUGGGCCCCACGACAGCGAUCUUCGUUCCCUGUGCUAUGGCGCUGCAUCUUCAGUGGUGCUAAGUCCAAACGGUCCCCAGCACAGAAAAGGAUCAGGAUUCAUAACACUUCCAGUGCCGGUGACCGUCUUUCCCGUACCGGAUCGUUCUCAAGAGCCCAUUUAGAGUUUCCUUGCUCGUCUUUAUCCAAGUAACGGCAGGCAUACGCCAAAGUGUAUUUCUCCCUCGAGAUGACCUCCGCGAGCCUCUGCGGUGCCUGACGGCCAACUAUACAGACGCCGGUGCGAAAGCGCGAUAAAAAGGAUUAGGUUCGUCUCGGUAAAGAAAGAAGUUCCUGCGCACGAGCCCUUUGAGGCGCACACUCCGCCUCACGCCCGUGACGCCUCAAAAGCCAUCGCCAUCAGCAUCAUGAUGAACACUCACACUGGACUCGGGUAGUACCGCAGCCCCCCCUCUCCGUCUGGACUCUGGGGUGCAUAUAUGUACUGCUCGAGCUUGGACGGGUGGAGGGUGAGAGGAUUGCGAUCCCACCUUCUUGCUUCCACCUAACCGUCCGUCUUGCGACGCCCUUUGCUGCAUCCUCGGAUUUUCCCCCUAUCUUGGCCUGUUGCAAAAAGAAGCCCGUCUUUUUUUCAUGAACUCGUCGGACAUGCGACCACAUCUUUCUCUUUCGAUCCCUUGCGAGUCGCCGUUCGCCUUCACCCAGUGCCGCAGGCAGCUUGACACCAUCGACGAGCACGAGCCCGGAUGGAGAGCCCUGGGAAUGGAAAAAGGAGGGGACAUCAGGGACUCUAGCGGGGACACUUCCCCAGCCCACACCGGCUCCGGGACUUCCGCGUCGUACCCGUCCUCCAGCGCUUCUUCCUCCCCCGUUUCUGUUUCCGCUUCCACCUCCACAUCCUCAUCUCCUUCCAUCGUCCCAUCUCCGGGGAGCGAAACCAAGCACCCCAAACCGAGCCUGCGCAUCAAUACCAACAUCUUCGCGGGCGAAGCCAUCGUCGGCUUCUGCCUCUCCGAGGACUACGAUUUCGACGAGCGUCCGCCGGGGAUGGUCGAGCCGGAUGACGAUCCGUUACCGUCCGAAUCGUGCUGCGAGCCCGGGUAUCCACCGGGCCUGGUGCCCGUCAGCGCGUCGCGCGCGCCGGGGUGGGGCGGGCUUUCUGCUACUGAUGCGACGAAUGAGGGAGUGGGAGCGGAUGGGUCUGCGGAUCAGCACGAGCGUUCGAGCGAGCGAGUGUGAGUGGGCUUGCUACGGUUGACGUUGAGGCCUAGGGUUUGUGGAGGAUCGCUUUUCUAUCUAUGCUAGAUCGGGUCAGACUUCUAUCGCGUGGACCACGAGUCGAACUUCGGGUUCGUUGGUGGGUGUAUAUGCUAUCAUCUUGUAGAGCUGUAUUGUAUUCUGUAGUGUUAGUUCUCGUGGUCAGCCAACUUCCUAGUGAUAUCCUAGGCCUGUCGCACUUUAUUGUAGCUCACAAACCCAUCUAUUUAAUCAUCAUCUAUGCAUUCUUCGCAUCUUAUCUUC